AAGAAAACGUUACUGUCUUUCCCUAUUCUCAUCAACGUCCUUCGACCUUUAUAAAUAGUACUCGUCUGCGAACAACUACUGAGGCUCGCUCGCUCUCACAUAGCAAUCCGCCUUGCGAAGGGACAGAGAUUUGGAUUAGGGUUUUUCGUUGACUCUAAUCGCAAUCCCUAAUCAAUCCUUCAAUCAAUCAAUCAAUGGUUGAUAAUUCCUCCACUCCUCCAAUGUCAGUCUCGAUAAACGAGACGUUAACGGACGAUGAGCUUAGAUGGAUCCUUUCAAAGCUAGAUAAGAGGGACGGUGGGGUUUUUGCGCUGGUCUGUAAGAGAUGGCUUCACCUACAGAGCACCGAGCAGAAGAAACUUGCCCUCCGCGCUGGGCCUCACAUGCUCCACAGAAUGGCGGCCAGAUUCUCGCAGGUUGUCGAAUUGGAUUAUUCCAAUUCAUCGGCCAGGUCCUUCUAUCCCGGUGUUACCGACUCUGAUCUUGCUGUUGUUGCCAAUAGCUUCAAGUGCUUGAGAGUCCUCAAGUUGCAGGAUUGUCGAGCUAUAACUGACAGAGGAAUGGCAUCAAUUGGGGAUGGUCUUUCUUGUUUGCAAUCGUUGGAUGUAACCAAUUGUAGAAAGCUGACUGACAGAGGUUUUUCGGCUGUUGCUAAAGGCUGUCAUGACCUGCGAAGCAUGCAUCUUGGUGGUUGCAAACUUGUUACUGAUGGAAUGUUAUUAGCUCUUUCUAAGAACUGUCCUAACCUUGAAGAGUUGGGCCUGCAGGGAUGCUCUAAUUUAACAGAUGAUGGUCUCACCUGCCUGGUAAGUGGGUGUCGACGGAUAACGUUUCUAGACAUUAAUAAAUGCGGCAAAGUUGGCAAUAUUGGGAUUUCUACUGUUUCCGAGGCAUGUUCAUCUUUUCUCAGAACAUUGAAGCUGUUGGACUGUUACAAAGUUGGAGACGAAUCUAUAUUAUCCUUAGCUAGAUUCUGUAUAAAUCUUGAAACGCUAAUAAUUGGUGGCUGCCGGGACAUCUCUGAUGAUUCUAUCAAAUCUUUAGCAGCUGCCUGUAAAAAUAGUUUGAAGAUCUUGCGGAUGGAUUGGUGUGUAAAUAUUUCUAAUGCUUCCUUGAGCUGCAUUCUCACUCAGUGCAACAAGCUGGAGGCUCUUGAUAUUGGUUCCUGUGAAGAGGUAACAGAUGCUGCUUUCCAGGGUUUAGACAAUUGUGAAACCAAGUUAAGUUUAAGGCUUUUGAAGGUCAGCAACUGCCCAAAGAUUACAAUUACUGGAAUCAGCACGCUCUUGGGAAAAUGCAAUUCCCUGGAGUACCUUGACGUGAGGUCCUGUCCACAUAUAACAAAGGCAGGCUUUGAUGAGGCUGGAUUACAGUUUCCUAACUGUUGCAAAGUGAAAUUCACCGGAAGUUUAUCCGAGCCAGAUGUUAUUGUUUGAGAUCCAAGAUUUGGGAGUUCCAUAUCCGAAACCUUUUGGGCAAUCAGUGCCCUCAUAAGCUUUAUAAGGAUUCUCAAUGGUCUUCCAACUGCAGUUUCUUCCUUUUCAAUGUAUAUUUUAUCCUGAAUCCUCUUUACCUUUGAUUGAGUAAAUAUUUGGCUUGUUAUAUUUAAUUCUAUAUAUAUCAUGCAUCUACAAUCUUAUUACA